CUAAAUUAAAGAAAUAUGGAAGUGGAUAGAAUUCUUUACAUUUUCGGCAGUUUCACCCGGAAGAAAGACAAAAGAAAAUCGAUAGAACAAUCUUCGAUAAGCGCGGGAAACAGUCCUUUGCGGAUACCGCGAAAUCGACCAGCCAGCCAGACAUAUCCAAACCUCGCCAUAGCGCCAAGGACUUCAGCUUACGGAGACACGAAAAAAAGCAGGGAGAUUAAAGAAUGGGAGUGUGGUCUCUGCAAGAAAGAGUUGGUGGAGCCGCGAUUGUUAGGAUGCUUGCACAGUUUUUGCACACGAUGUCUUCAAGGGUUGCAUCAGGAAGGGGAAGCGGAGGUGUGGAGUGAAGUUGAUGGAGGUUCAAUUCAAUUAGACCCUGGAGAAUCCGGAUCUGGUUCAGCGAACUCGGCAGGCUCGGGGUACGAGAGCGACAUCCGACAUUCCAGCUCAGACAACAGCUGGGAACAGAAACCUCACAAAUAUGGCAUUUUAACUAGAAAGAUAUCGGGCAAAAGCGUCCAAUUCUUCCUCUGCCCGACAUGCGGUUACGAAACACAGCUCCCUCUUGGAGGCAUAUCAGCUCUGCCUCUCAACUAUAUCCUGCUUAGGAAGAUGGUGACUGCCGGUCAAGAAGACAGAACCAGCAUACUGUGUGAUCUUUGCAAUUGUGAUAAUAAGGCAGAAAGUCGCUGUAGCCAAUGCUUGGUCAGUAUCUGUACCUCCUGUGGGGAAGCUCAUGGCAGGCAGAAAGCAACGGCUAGGCACUCGCUGCACCCACUUGAUCCAGGCCCUGUCCGAUAUUGCAGUCAGCACCCGAAGGCCGAACUAAGUGUUUACUGCGCUUCUUGCCAGCAGGUCAUAUGCCGCGACUGCUGUCUGAUCUCCCACUCGGGGCACGCGCUGGCCAACGCGUCACGCGCAGCGGCCGAACGCGCAAGACUGCUGCGCGACGCGUGCGACCGCGCAAAGCACGUGCCUGAGAAUGUUGGACACGCUAAUCGGAUACUCAACGUGCAAGCCAUGGAAGUUGAUACCCAAGCUUCACAAGUAGAAGCAGAAGUAAAAGCAUGGGCUGAACAAUACCGCAAAGCAGUAGAAGCUCACGGGCGAGCUCUUUGUACUGCUGCAGCCAGAGCGAGAGCUCGGUACCAGCAAAAAGUUGAAGAACAGAACAGGGAACUGGAUGAAAGAGCUCACCAGGCUAUGGAUGCUGUCAAAUUUGCUGAAGAGCUAUUAUCAGAAGCAAAAGAAGACGAGCUUCUCUCUCUCAGCGGUUUAGUCCUCAGACGUCUCGAACGGUUAUCGGAAUUACAGUCAUUGGCUGAACCUCCUCGUUGUGAGCUACGAUUUGCACCAACUGCACCUGUUAAUGAUUCUACGUUGUUUGGAAGGCUGCUAACUAGAUCACCGGAUACUGAACGAUGUGUGCUUAGCGUAGAAGGUCUUCAAGAUCUCAAGGUAGAUUGUCCACAUGAAGCUAUAAUGGAACUUCGAGACAGCAGCGGCGAAAGAAUUUGGUGUGGCGGUGAACAGGUGGCAGGGUAUUUCAGAAGACGCGAUUCAAGCGCAAGACCAGCAAUGGCGAAGGUGACAGACCGAGCUGACGGAACCUACUCGAUUGUAUUCACUGCUCCUAGUCCUGGUGCUUACUUGCUGGCUGUCACUUUGAACAAUAAGCCGAUAAAGGGCAGUCCAUUCCCGUGUGCAGCACGAGUAUCAAAGUCCCACACUGGGCAGUUCCACUGUUGUGCAUUUUGCUCUUCUGGUGGAAGGCGAGACGCCACUUGUGGAUGUGGUGCAUCCAUGGGAGGAGGAUACAAAGGCUGCGGCCACGGACACGCGGGCUGGCCGGGCGCGCGCCACUGGUCGUGCUGCGGCUCCACGCAGCGCCACGGCGCAUGCGCACGGGCGCCGCGAGUCCGCAGCCAGCUUUACCAGUUCUCGCUUUGACUGCUCUACACUGUACUUGAUCUUCUCUAUUAAAGGAAUAGUUACGGAAUUUGUGCUUUCAAUUAUUCCAAUACAUUUGACCUGAA